AUGGCCCUUUUGCUUCUCUUCACCAUUCUUUCACUCUCCAUUACCCGAGCCGAGGAUCGAGCUCACGGGCUCAUCAACGAGAGUCCCACGGCUAUCUCACUGGAAGCAUAUGCGUUUUUUAACCCCGACACUCAACAGCCGGACACUAACAACCCCUGUGACUCACCAGACUGCUCAUCCCUGCCCCUAGCAGCUAUGGUGGUGCAAUCUACUCCUGCGCAUGAAAGCUCGUCGACUGGUGGAAAUCUAUUAGGUGCCGGUGGCAUUGCUGGUAUUCCUUUUGCUUUAGUGUUCGGGUGCCUCAUUGCUAUGGGGAUUUACUACGUCGUGAUCAAAAGGUACUCCAACUUGCACCGAGCUACACCUAUUCAGCAGCCUGAGGUCUGA